AUGCGCCCGAACAAGGCCCCGCGAUGGGGGGCGGUGAGCCGCACCUCCGACAAAGCCUCCAUCCUCACCCUCCUCGGCAUCUCAGAACUCCUCAAGCUGCGCGGGAAAUGGAGCAUGGCUCUACGCCUCGGCACCUUCGCCCUCCGCCAGUCCCAAGGCCUGGGGACGCUGACCGAGGGGCUCGCCCUGCUGAGCGUCGGCCACGCCUACCGCAACCAAACCCCCGAAGACUGGAUCUCAGCUCAGCACCACCUCCGCAUGGCGAAACUACUCCUCGAGGGUCUCCCAACGAGCGAGGACCAGACUUUCUACCUAAUGCGCGCCGUCCUGCUCCUCGGCGACACCCUCGUGCGCCGCGAGGAUCUGGGCGACAUCGCUGAGGCCGAAGAGCUGGCUCAUCUCGCCGAGCGCCUGCUGCGCCAGAGCCGCGAAGGGCGAUCAUCGGAUUCGGGCAGCAGCAGCAGCAGGGGUAGAUCGUUCCGCUGGACGCUUUUUACAGGUUCAUGGCGCGACUUUUGUCUACACUCUAUGGUCGAGUUGGGCGAGAUAUACUAUUACACAAGUCGCUGGGCCGAAGGGGAGAAGCUGCUGCGCGAGCUGGUGCCCACGCUGGUGCGGCGGAGGGGUAAACGCCACGUCACGACGAUCGAAGCGCAGCGCGACCUGGCGAGCAUGCUCGUCAACCAGGACAAGUACGAAGAGGCCGAGAUCGCCUACCGCAUCGCGCGGGACUGGAACGAGGAGGUACCCGUCUUCGGGCAUGAAGAGAAGGCAGCCAUCGACUACAACAUCGCAAUGUGCCUCUCGGAGCGCGGGCGAGACGAGGAGGCCCGCGUGGAGAUUGGCAACAUGGACCUGGCCGCCGACCUGCUGCACUACGCUAACGGCGAGUGGACGCUGAAGCUGGCGCGGCUCACGAGCCUGCGGCUGAAAAAGUACGACGAGGUCAUUGGGCUCUGCCGGCGCUUCCAGCGCGUGCUGGACGAGCACAGGGCUCGGUUCGGGGUCUGCAGCACCGUGACGCUGCGCAACAUGGAGGACCACGUCACGGCGCUCAAGGCCCUGCGGAGGUGGGACGAGGCUAUUGUCAUCCUGCGCGACAUGUGCCGGCGCGAGGCGAGCGACGUCGCGCGCGUGGUCGAGCAGACGCUGGAGACGCGGCUGAACCUCGCGCACACGCUGCGGUGCGCGGGGCUCCACGAGGAGGCGGCGUACGAGUACCGCAAGUGUCUCGAGAUCGAGCGGGCGGCGUCCAACGACUUCCAGGACGAGGCGCAGAUUCGGAAUAUACUAAAGUACCUCGCGUACUUGUACGAGCUGGCGGGCGACAAGGCGAACGCGCUGAUUGCGUAUUCGCAGCUGCAGAGGGAGUACUGGGGCCGGCCGAGCCAUCAUAGGAACUUUAUCAAAUACGAGUGGUGCCGGGGCAAGAUGUUUAUGCUCCAGGGCCGGUGGGAGCACGCCUUGAAGCUGCUGCUUGGCGCGCUUGCUGUCAAGAGGGGAAUCGAGACGGCUGUAUCCAUCAUCACGGGAUUGCCGAUCGAAGCGGUGCAUGCUAUGCAACCCGGGAGGAGGGUGCCCGAGCCGACGCAACAGGACAUAUUAGAAGUCGACGACGAGACCGACGAGGAGGAACAAGAUCUCAAGGGGUUGGAAAAGGUGGACACUCGAGGCCAGGUCCAGGUUCAGGAACUGGAUGGUUCGGAGGAUACUUCUGACGAUGAAGCAGAGCAGCAGUCGUGGGAUGAGGUCGACUGGUGGGAGGAGGUCAUCAAAGACGCCGUGGACGCGGUACGGCGCGAGGAGCCCUUCCAGGCCUGUACGCCGCUCGACGAGGCUGACUCGGAGGUGGACGACGAUGAGGUCGAGGAGACGGUGGAUGCCGUGCUCACACUGAAGAGCGGGUAUCCGGCCGUGCCUGCGGGCGACGAGUGGUCGCAGCCACAGUGGCCACGGCUCCCGGAUACGUAUGAGGAGUUGGUGAUUCAGCAGCGAAGUGUUGUUGAGGAGAGUAGACCUUGGGCUCCGUGA